AUGAAGAAGAAAGCCAGUGGUCGAAUUUUCUUGGGUUGUGAUAACCAUCCUUUGUCAAGGCAAGAGGUGAUGGACAUGAUGGCUCAAAGUGGAAAAUUUGAUAAGAAGGUCAAAGGUUUCACGAGCACUAGUGGUCCUUUAGGGAAGAAGUUGAACAACUCAGACACGAGUGGAGAUAAGAUGGGAGCCAAAGUAUCCAAGCUUUGCUCAGUUUUUGGAGUAUCGAAGUAA